AUGAGCGAUGAUUUGCGAUAUGUCCAGUAUGAGGGCGAUAAGGAGGAAGAGUAUCUUCCGGCCAUACGGCAGUUGAUAUCGAAGGACCUUUCAGAGCCAUACAGCAUCUAUGUGUACAGGUACUUCCUCUAUGAAUGGGGAGACCUCUGCUUCAUGGCACUGGAUGCGUCUUCCUCCCUUAUCGGCGUCGUAGUCUGCAAGCUCGAACCCCACCGUAGCGGCACCUUCCGUGGAUAUAUAGCUAUGCUCGCGACCCAAGAAACACAUCGAGGGAAGGGGAUAGCUACAAAGCUGGUCUCAAUGGCUAUCGAUGCGAUGAAGGCACGCGAUGCCGACGAAGUCGUUCUGGAGACGGAGGUCACAAAUGCAGCGUCAUUGAAGUUAUACCAGCGGUUAGGAUUUCUAAGGAGCAAGAGGUUGCACCGCUACUAUCUUAACGGCAAUGCGGCAUUUCGAUUGGUGCUGUACCUGAAGCCUGGUACCGCGCUCAAGAGACCCGAAGAGGAUGGUGUUGGUAUGGGCCAUAUGGGACAUGGAGUGCCGCUCACAGGCGGGGAGGGAGGCGACCACGUGUCUCACAGAGAAGGCUUCUCAUGA